AUGCCAACAGAAGAAACCCCUGAUCUCUGUAAGGAAUCAGCAGCGGCAGAAGCAGUGCAAGAAGGGAACAGAAUUGACGUGGUCGGGGGCCCACCCGCUCGCUUGUUUUCCUCAUCUCAUGUCCGCGGUGACGGUUUUGGGGAUGAUGUCGCUGAGCUGUCGGAUGAAACAAUCAGCUGCCUGCUCAGCGAGGCAGAGGAAAGAAUGAAAGCCUCAUCUAAAACAUUAUCAUCGUCCUCCUCUACUAAUCGCGACAAAGCCUUGAUGACAAAGUUAGUUUUUCUCCUAUCCUUACCCUUUGUUAUUUAUGCCUGCCCCGCCUUCCUCCUGAUUGUUAUUUUCUUCCCUUUUCGUUUAUGAUACUUCAUGAUACGUACCGUACCUUCACGUAUACCCCCCCCUCGGGUGGUGUGGGUGUGGAUGGUUGUCUUGUUGUAUCGCUCUUAUACAUCUCCCUGCAAUGGAACCGAAGACUGAUACGUGUACAAAGGUUCCCAAAGCUCAAUCCCGGUGCUUCCCUGCCAAAGGCACCCAUCAAAUCCCAAGGCGCAGUUUCUAGAAUAUCGGAUCCUUCUCUUCUCGUUCCCUCAUCUGAUCGUAAACUUGCGAACACAUCAGCAGCUGCAGGAGGAGUAUCCCUUGUGGAUCCAGCGUUAUCAAAGAGAAGGCUCAAAGAGGUUUUUAUCCCCCCCCCCACCCCCACCAUAUUACUGUUUUUUCGAUCAAAUACUUUCACACUCGUUCCUACAAACUUCAUCCCACACUCCAGGCACCUGCCUAUGAUGAAAACUUAUCCCAUUAGAACCUGAGCAAGGAUGGGGCCCCGUCCUGGCGGCCCUACUUGCACUCCUGAUUUUUUUACUAUUCAUAGUUACUCUGAGGCUUCCAGUUCUAAAUGUAUCCGCUUUUUUAAUCGCUGUCAAUACGACGUGAUGUCAUGUUGAAAUGUACUAACAUAGUGCCACUCUAAAUUCAGGACAAGGAGAAAACUGCUGGAUCGAAGUGGUUUGAUAUGCCGCGUACCAACCUAACCCCGGAACUUAAGCGCGACCUGCAGCUGAUCAAGAUGCGUGGCGUCCUUGACCCCCACCGCCACUACAAGAAGGACAGCUCUGCUUUUCCAGAAUAUUCCCAGGUUGGGGCCAUUUUGGAAGGAAACGCCGACUAUUUCUCCUCAAGACUUAGCAAUAGGGAGCGGAAGCGGACGAUCGCGGAGGAGGUCAUGGCUGAUGACAGUAGCCGCAAACGUUUUAAGAACAAAUACGAGAAGAUACAGAGCAGGAAGAGGAGCGGCAAGAAGGAAUUCUACAAGAAACUCAAACAGCAACGGAAAAGGUCAUCCGUCUAGCUCCGGAUCAAAUAUCACCCAUGCAACUGGCCUGGUCUCUCUUAGAAUUUCCUCUUCCUUUUCCCCCCUUUUUCCAAUUUCUCGGAUGUAUAAUUAUGUCAGGGUCAUGGAUGUUUCGGUUGGCGUUUAUUUGUCUUUGGCGUUCCUCGACUUCCUCGGUUAUCACAACGCCAACAGGCUCGCAGGAAAUAACACGAGGGAACCACCGCCCCCCGGCAGUCCACCGGCACGGUACGGUAUUCCCCAAAACAUCCGAGUACCCGCAGUGGGCAAGAAGUCUCUAAAAACAGGGGUCGUGGGCUUGCACGGGUGCCAAGACGCUCACGGAUUUUCUGCCAUAUAUUCCGUAAACCCGUCUCCAGGUACCCCCCCGCCCGCUGCCACUACGAGCAUAUUACUAGUGUAUUCUCAAAUUUCCCCCAUAUCACACAUCCUUGCCCCCCCUUCCUCCUCCCCUGGCCAUGUGGUCGCUCUCACGUCGGCCAAGGAUAGCGUGAGCAGUUGAAAUAGAAAGGCUGAGUG